GGUCAGGGUCGGAUCGAGGCGGGCGGUGCUUACAGUCCUCAUGCCCCCUCCUGCCCUCCUGCUCGCUGCGGGGGAAGAAGAAACGUGAACUUGAACGCCACAUUCAGAGCUCAGCGCAGAGGAGUCCAGGCAGAGGACAGACAGACAGUCCUAGUCCUCUCAGUCCUCUCAGUCUGUCCACCACCGACCAACUUAUCUGGAGAAGAAGGAUUGUGUGUUUUUGUUUGCUUGUUGGAGACUCUUUCGCAGAGAUGUCCAGGCGCAAAGUUGGAAGCAGACCGCAGCACCUGAGCGUGAUUCAAGAUGUCACUGACAUGGCGGACGGCACCACUCCAUCAGACGACCGGCCUCCUCCGCCUCCUCCUCCUCCUCCUCCUCCACAGGUCCGAGCCCCUGGCGAGGGUCGUGACCUCCUGACCUGCGGCCAGUGCAGCCGGGCCUUCCCCCUCGCCCACAUCCUGGCGUUCAUCCAGCACAAACAGGGCGGCUGCCGCUCCCGAAGCCAAGCCCCGAACGCCAACGCCACGCCCCCCUCCCCUGCCAACCGAGCACAGCAUCAGCAGCAGCGCGUCGCCGAGCCGGGUCCGGGCUACAUCGAGCUGAGGAGAGGGGGCCGAGCGUGGGGGGAGGAGCCCGGCGUCAAGGUGAAGGCAGAGCACGGCAAAGCAGUGUCUGAGGAGCCCUCCUACUUCACCUGCCAGCAGUGCGAGGGUGUGUUUCCAUCUGCGUGGGCGCUCUUACAGCACGCUCAGCACACACACUCCUUCAGCAUCUAUCAGGAGUACGAGGACGACGACAUGGACAUGAGAGGAGGAAGAAGAGGAGGACUUAAAGGGCACAAGCCUGCUGCGGCCACUCUGGACCCUCGCCACCUGAGCCAAGCUCUUGCCUCCGCCUUUCAGCCAUCCGCCCUGCGCCUCAGUCGCUCCCGUCAGACACACACCACCUCCUCCACCUCCUCCACCUCCUCCUCCAGUAACAUGCAGGCUCUGAACUUCUCAGUGCGGCUCAGGGAGCUCGCCGAGGGGAAUAACAACACCGCCACCGGCAGUUCCCCCGGAGGCCUGGUCUUGUCUCCGUCCUCAUCUCCACCAGCAGCUUCUCCCUUUCCUCGGACCAGCACCCUCCAGGGGGACUUCCACUGCGAGCUGUGUGACCAGAACUUUCUGUCCCUGCGCGCCCUGUCCACCCACCGCCGGAUUCACUCCUGCGACAGGCCCUAUCACUGCGGAGUGUGCGGGCAUGCCUUCGCCCAGAGCGGCCAGCUGGCCCGGCACAUAAGGAGCCAUCACAGGGAGGCUGGAGGUGGAGGAAGUGGAUAUGAGUCGGUGGAGAUGGUCGUGAUGGAGGAGGACUCAGGGAGGCACGGGAUGAGAGGGAGGUUUCAAAUGCAGCCAGCUGGAAUCAUCAUGGGAAAGGGAAUGGUAGACGCAGAAGCGAGAGCCCAGGGUCCCUCCGAGUUAGACCUGAGCCUGCCCAAACACCCGUCCAUAGCUUCAGGCCUGAUGCUGCUGACCUCACAGGUUAGACCGCCAGACAGGGAGCUGCUGAGGCUGUACCAGCGCCAGAGAGAGGGGGGAGAGGGAGGGGAGGAGGAGGCAGAGGGGCCGGGGGAGCCUCAGCACACCUCACCCUGCGCCAGCCCCUCUGAGGGCUCGCUGGAGAGCGGAGAGACGGGGGGCAGUGGCGAGAGCGGUAUCGCCAGUGGCAACUGCACGCCCAAACGGCCAGAGAUGGGCGACAGAGUGCGAGAAGUCGGAGAGUGGGAGAACGAGAGUGGAGAGAUCAUAGAGACGGAGACGGAGUGGAGCUCAGCCAAAGUCAGCGAGGUAGUGCAGGAGUGGCAGAGGGAGAACGAGCGGAGGAGUGUAGGAGGAGGCGUAAGCGGCGGCGGGGGAAACAACAGCAGUACUACUGCCAGUUCAGCUGGGAAGAAGAAGAAAGACGAAGCCUGCGAGUACUGCGGUAAACAGUUCAGAAACAGCAGCAACCUGACUGUGCACCGCCGUAGCCACACAGGUGAGCGGCCCUACCGCUGCGGCCUCUGCAACUACGCCUGCGCACAGAGCUCCAAGCUGACGCGUCACAUGAAGACCCACGGCACGCAGGGAGCCAAGGCCUCCUUUCUGUGCCAGCUGUGCUCGGUGCCCUUCACCGUUUACGCCACUCUGGAGAAACACCUGAAGAAAGUGCACGGCCUUAGCCACGCCAGCGUGGGAGCGUACGCGCAGGCCAGCGCCGCAGACACUCUGGCCGCUAUAAAAGCCGAAGAAGAUGCGGUGGUGGUGAAAACGGAGGAGGACGAAGCCAGUUUGGAUCAGAUAGAAAUGGAAAACAAAAUUGAGAGUGAUGUGGUGAGAGGCAUGGAGGUGGAGGAGGUGGAGAACGAAGACAUAGCGGCUGCUCUCCAACCUGAGAACAACGCAGAGUUGAGCUUAGCUUUGACUUCCGCGCCAUGAGAACUGUUCUCAUUCACUAACUGACAUUAAAAUAGCACUGUAUAGGAUUUAAGUCCCCCCUUCAAAUAUAAAGAAUUCGUCCCAUCAUUUAACGGACAGUCAACAGGAAUCUAGUUUAAAGAAGAAGCAGCAGCAGGCGGUCCCGUCCUCUCUGCCAGCGCCGAGGCACAGCAGCAUGUUCAUGAUUGUAUGCAAAGCUGCUGGUUGAAACUAAGUGCCUACAGUUCUUUAGACCACAGAGCAAAAAAACAAGGCCAUGACAUUCAGCAGGGAGAUUACCAGAGCUCUUGAACAGGAAGUGAACCGCCACAGUCCACGCAGACACAGGAAACCGAUCACCAUGUUGCAGUGCAGGAUGCAAAAGACGAGUGAUUUAUCUCUCUGGCGACCCGCUGGACAGGUGGAGACAGACAUUAACUGUCAGAUAAAAUAGAGAAGGGAUUAUAUUGAAUAAAAGCCUAGCAAUAGAACGAUGUUAAUAUAUUUUCAGCAUCAGUACACGGAGAAAGGUCAUAUUGUGUUUCCUGUAGCUGUUGCUGGUUUUUCUUUCGAGGAGACCUUUUAAAGACGUUUGAACAGACACGGGGGUGAAAUGAAUCCAAACACUGUCUGCCUGCAGUUUGUCAGACUCCUCUUUUUAAAGGCGCUUGGCUGUCACAACACUUGUCACUUAACGUAAUGUUUACAGGGCUCACGGAGCCUGGCAAGGUUGUGCUCCUGACUUUGUGACAGUAUGUGUGGAUGAUUUUUUCUGUUUUUUUCUAAUUUUAUAAAUGUGAAUAAGGAGACUUUAAAGCCUCAUCUACUGAUUUUUUUUCAUGAUUCGUUUCUAUGCAUAAAAAAAAAAAUUGCAAUUUUACAUGUGAAACGGGUGUGUAUUAUUAUUUUUCACUAUUUGUACCUAUUAUUGUGAUGGUAAUUUCUCUCUUUCAUUGUUUACAUUUGUAAAGUGCCGGACUGCUUGAAGCUCGUGCAUGUUUUGCAGCCAUUUGAAACCGUUUUUUUUUUGUUUGUUGUUGUUGUUGUUUGAAUUAUUCCUAAUUUAUGGAUGCUGCAUGUCGGUGAUGUGUGUAACUGCUGAACUACAGGGUUGAGAGGUGCAGGAAUAGCUAGUCGGUUGGUGGAGUUUUUGUGGGAAGCACUUGGGUGAAUGUGUUUGUUUGUGUGUACAUAUUGAGGGGGGGGGGGACAAAAUCCUCAGGUGACACUUCUACUUGAACCCUCUGUCCUGUGUGUCCAGAACAUGACUCGGCAGGUCAUAAUUGCCGUGUCGUGCUUCUGCCAGAUGUACGCAAACGAGGGUUUAAGAAACGCAAGUUACGCGAGACGAAAUCUGAUCAUUUAACAAAAAAAACAAAACAGGACAAAGUUGUCAAGUAGAGUGCUGCCAAUGUUUUCGUGACUACUGUGAUGACUUUGUGUGACUUCUACUUGCAUUCAUGUCAGGGAAAACAAAUUCUUGUGUGCGUUGUGUGAUGAAUGAGUGCAGUGUAACUGUUCAGGGAUAAUAUUUUGUACAUAGAUUUGACAUUCUUGCUGUUGCUAUACUUAUUAUUGUUAUUAUUAUUAAUAUUAACUGCCUCCACUUUUCCGAGCAUCGUCUCCUUUCCGCUGAACACUGGCUAUUGUGAAGCUCUCUGUCUUUGUAAACUUGACACCAUUUUUGUAAUUCACCUCCUCAUGAGGAGCCUCAAUAAAGAAUUGAGGUGAAA